AUGGAUGCCCCUAACAGCACGCCAGACCAGGAAAAAGGAGAACAACAGCCCAGUGCAUUGCCAAUCGUUUGUGAAAAAGACAAUUCGCAAGAAGCUUCUGAUCAUGUCCCUCCACAGCUCUCUCUUUCGCCACAGGAAGCAGAAACAAGACAUACCUUGGCGACUGAGCCCUUUCAACCUAUUCUGAAGGUGCUAGCAGACCUCGAACGCGAUGAUCCCAAGCCGCCUUUCCCGCGGCUCGACUUGUCAGACACUAUCGACGCCUAUGGGAGUCGUGCGUGUCCAAACACAUCGAGUGCCAGAAGCUAG